GAUCUUUCUCCAAUCAAACGAUGCCAUUUUUUCUCUCACUCAACUCUUCACACUUCACUGCUUGUCGUAUCAAAUUCAAUCACGUGCGUUCCCGCUCAUUGACCGUUGAGUCACGUGCCGACAUGGCAGCGGCCUCCUCUACCGUCCGAGUCGCUGCUGCUCAGAUGACGUCAAUUAACGACGUCGCCGCCAAUUUCGCUACUUGCUCUCGUCUUGUCAAAGAAGCAGCAGCUGCAGGUGCAAAAUUGCUAUGUUUACCAGAAAGUUUCUCAUUUAUUGGGGCUAGAGAUGGAGACAGUAUUAAGAUCGCAGAACCAUUGGAUGGUCCCAUUAUGCAGCAAUAUUGCUCUCUAGCCAGAGAGUCUGAUAUAUGGUUGUCGCUUGGAGGAUUUCAAGAAAGAGGAUCUGACGAUGCACACCUACGAAACACGCAUGUCAUCAUUGAUGAUUGUGGGAAUAUCAGAAGCACUUACCCGAAAAUAUUCUUGUUUGAUGUUGAUGUUCCUGGUGGGAGGGUAUACAAAGAAAGCAGCUUUACAGAAGCUGGAAAGAAUAUAGUUGCAGUUGACAGCCCUGUUGGACGCUUGGGUCUGUCUGUAUGUUAUGAUUUAAGGUUCCCAGAGCUUUACCAGCAGCUCAGGUUCCAGCAUGAAGCACAGAUUCUAUUGGUGCCUGCAGCUUUCACAAAAAUAACUGGUCAAGCACACUGGGAGAUCCUGCUUCGAGCUCGUGCAAUUGAGACUCAAUGCUAUGUAAUAGCUGCUGCACAAGCUGGAAACCACAAUGAAAAAAGAGAGAGCUAUGGUGACACAUUAAUUAUUGAUCCUUGGGGAACGGUAGUUGGUAGAUUGCCGGAUCGACUUUCAACUGGGAUUACUGUGGCUGAUAUUGAUAUUUCAUUGAUCGACUCUGUGAGAGCAAAGAUACCAAUUGCCCAGCAACGAAAGCCUUCAGAUUUCUGGAAUUCUUCAUCUCUGUGAUUUCAAAGACCACAUCCUUCCGCCCCCAUCUGCUGCUAUCCAGAAUGAUAUGUGAAAGCUGCAACCAAUUUUUAUGUGCUUGCUCUAAACGAAGGAAAGGUCAUAUACUUCUUCAUUUUUCAGGAAGGAUAGUUGGGCUUCUUUAAGUUGCAAAAUAAUCUGUAAUUUCCUUUUCUAGGGAGCUGUUUAUGUGAUUUUCAAUUUAUGCACAUCUGCUGUAAAUUGAAUUCUACUACUAUUGGACAGCAUAUAUUUUUGUCUGCUGUGUAGCUCAUGCUAGGAUUCAAGAAUCCAAUUGCUCAUCGUCACUCUUUUCUGGAAGUGCCAGGUCAAUUUAUUGAUUACAGCUGAAAGCAACAUUUGAACUA